GUGGGGGCGGAGCCUUCGCUGCACAAGUCGGAAGCGGCGUCUAGCGGUCGCUGUUUUCGCGCCAAACUUGAGGGGAACCCUAGCGUGCAGGCUGUCUAGGAGCUGAUCGCCGCUUGUCAUGGUUCGAACGCUGAACUGCAUCGUCGCCGUGUCCCAGAAUAUGGGCAUCGGCAAGAACGGAGACCUGCCUUGGCCUCUGCUCAGGAACGAAUUCAAGUACUUCCAAAGAAUGACCACAACCUCCUCAGUGGAAGGUAAACAGAACCUGGUGAUUAUGGGCCGGAAAACCUGGUUCUCCAUUCCUGAGAAGAAUCGACCUUUAAAAGACAGAAUCAAUAUAGUUCUCAGCAGAGAGCUCAAGGAACCGCCACAAGGAGCUCAUUUUCUUGCCAAAAGUCUGGAUGAUGCCCUAAAACUUAUUGAACAACCAGAGUUAGCAAAUAAAGUAGACAUGGUUUGGAUAGUUGGAGGCAGUUCCGUUUACAAGGAAGCCAUGGAUCAGCCAGGCCAUCUCAGACUCUUCAUAACAAGGAUUAUGCAGGAAUUUGAAAGUGACACGUUCUUCCCAGAAAUUGAUUUGGGGAAAUACAAACUUCUCCCAGAAUACCCAGGGGUCCUUUCUGAAGUCCAGGAGGAAAAAGGCAUCAAGUAUAAAUUUGAAGUCUAUGAAAAGAAAGGCUAACAGAAAGAUGCUUGCUGGUUGACUUCAAGUUCUACUGCUUUCUUCCUAAAAUUAGCAUUUUUAUGAGACCGUGGGACUUGUGUUGGCUUUAGAUCUAUGAGUAAUUCUUUCUUUAGGGAGAGUUAAUUGGGAGGAAGUGUUUGUUUUGCGGUGUUGGAAAUGGAACUAGGGCCCUGCAUGCUGGACACAUGUUGUCCUGCUAAGCCAUGCCCCAGCCCCUGUAUAAUUCUAAACAAUGUUUUCAUUUCCAUUAAUCUAACCAGGUUAUAUUAAAUAUAUUUUAAGACACAC